CAGAGAAAUAGAGCUGUAGAGAGAGAAAGAGAGGAGAGAGAGAGAGAGAGAGGCGGUGAGGACUACAGACCCAGAAGAGGGAACGUUCUUCAUCGUCAUUUUUAGAGAUUUGGAGUAGGUCUUGGACAGAUUCAAGGUUCUCAAAUGGCUUCAAGACCCGCCGUUCAACAGCAAAACAGAGGUGAGGCAGUUGCUGCUGGGGGUAUCAAGCAGAAGAACAUGGCAGCCGAAGGGAGAAACCGCCGUGCCCUGGGUGACAUUGGAAAUUUGGUUACUGAUCGAGAAGGAAUUGAUGGCAAGCUACUCCCUAAAAUCUCUCGCCCCAUUACAAGGGGGUUUUGUGCACAAUUACUUGCCAAGGCACAAGUUGAAGCAGCUGAAAACAAUAAGAAACCAGUCACAGUUAAUGUGGAAGGAGGCAUUGUUGUCAAUGGAGCCGUAGCUGUGGCUAAAAGAGCUGCACCACAGAAGAAAGUUACUGUGAAACCGAAGCCCGAGGCUGUGAUUGAGAUAAGUCCUGAUACUGUAGAAGAGGUCAAGAAGCAGAAGCCCGAAAACCGGAAAAAGGCGAGUGAUGGGUCAUCGCGAUCGCGAAAGAUUACCCAUUCUCUUACUUCAGUCCUCACUGCUCGUAGCAAGGCUGCUUGUGGCCUAAUUGAUAAACCAAAGGAGCAAAUAGUGGAUAUUGAUGCUGCAGAUGUGAAUAAUGACUUGGCAGUUGUGGAAUACGUUGAAGAUAUGUACAAGUUCUACAAGAUAGUUGAGACUGAGUUCCGGGUUCAUGACUAUAUUGAUUCCCAACCCGAGAUAAAUGAGAAGAUGAGAGCAAUUCUGAUUGAUUGGUUGAUAGAAGUUCAUCACAAAUUUGAACUUAUGCCAGAGACCCUUUACCUCACAGUCAACAUCAUCGAUCGCGUCCUUUCGAUGAACACUAUGCCACGGAAGGAACUGCAGUUAGUGGGCAUCGGUGCAAUGCUUAUGGCCUCUAAAUAUGAAGAAAUUUGGGCUCCUGAGGUCAAUGACUUUGUUUGCAUCUCAGACAGAGCUUAUACUCAUGAGCAGGUGUUGAUCAUGGAGAAGCGCAUAUUAGGCGUGCUUGAAUGGAACUUGACAGUUGCUACGCCUUAUGUGUUCCUCGUCCGGUUCAUCAAAGCUUCUAUUCCUGAUCAGGAUAUGGAGAAUAUGGUCUAUUUUCUGGCUGAAUUGGGUAUGAUGAAUUAUGCCACUGUAAUGUACUGUCCAUCAAUGGUUGCUGCCUCAGCAGUCUACGCUGCCCGUUGCACCCUAAACAAGAGCCCGGUUUGGAAUGAGACACUUAAGCUGCACACCGGUUUCACAGAGCCACAGCUAAUGGAUUGUGCUAAACUACUUGUUAGCUUCCACUUGAUGGCUGCAGAAAGCAAGCUGAAGGCUAUCUACAGGAAAUACUCUAAUCCACAGCGAGGCGCUGUUGCUCUGCUCCCACCUGCCAAGUCUCUCUUGGCUAUGUCAUGAGCAGAAAAAUGAUUUGCAGUGAAGAGAAGGACAUUGAAUUUUUUGUAUGUAAUAUCUUCAGUGAGUCUUUUAAUCAGUUAAGAACUAACUAAACAAGUGUUUGAAUCUUUUUUACGUUCUGCUUCUGAAACAGUUUUGAAGCAUCUUUUUCCCCAUGACUACAAUUAGUUUCAAGCUCAUUCAUCAAUUCAUUUUAUUUUUCAAUUCGAUAUUACCAAUUGAUGUUUGUGUUGUUGCACCAAAAUUGCUUUGCCUUGUUGAUUAAUACCAACAGAAGUUUCUUCUAAUUCA